UGUGCCUAUUCUUAUCAGCUUAGAAGUUUCAAUCUCCAUUAACUUCUGGUAUAAAUUUCCUUCCUAAACUCUUUUCAAAAUCAAACAAGUCCUACCUCAAUCAUCUCACAUUACAAAAAAACAUAUAAUGGGGAAAGAAAGAAUUAUCAAUUGCAUGGUCAUGUUUAAGGUUAUCAUGAGAAAACUCAAGACUCAUCUUCAACUAAUUCCCAAAUAUUCCAAUAGCCAUCAAUUUGAUGUUGUGGAAACACCAAGAGCAAAUGAGGAAGUUGUACCAAAUGAUGUUAAAGAAGGUUACUUUGCUGUAUUCUCAGUGAAUCCAGAAGAAGAACCAAAGAGGUUUAUUGUGGAACUACAUUGGCUCACUAAUCCAUCAUUCUUGAAACUACUGACACAGGCUGAAAAUGAAUAUGGAUUCGAACAAAAGGGUGUUCUUGAAGUUCCUUGUCGCGCCGCGGAAUUGCAUAAGGUUUUGGAACUCAACAUUGGAAAUUAAGAUAGUUCUUCCAUGCCUAGCUAUAGCUAGGUUAAAAUUUCAAAUUCUUUUGUUCAGUUUCUCUAAUUUUCACUUAGUUACUUUGAUUAUACUAUGCUUAGUUUAGUGGUUUAUGUUAUGGAUGUUUGUGCAUUGACAAAUUAAAGUAAAAGCUUUUUACAUUA